AUGAUACAGAUAAAUUUGUGAAAUCUGAGGAAGAAAAGCCACAAAAUAAAGAAAGUUCUGAAAGUGAUAGUGAUGAGGAAUCAGGGGACGAGGGUCCCAGCACACAAUCUCCUAAAGCUGAACCAAUUUCUCCUGAGCAAGAUGAAUCAGAAGGGGAAGAUAGUUCAGAGGGGGAAAGUGCUCAA